AUGCACUCAUAUUUAGAAGAAUUAAAGUAAAAAGAUGUCAUAGCUAAAUAAAUCAAUUUACUCAUUCAAUAACUUCAAUAACAUCAUUUAACAUAAUCUCUUGUUCCUAAAAGUCAUUAAGAUAUAGCUGAAUUUAUGGUACUUAAUAGACUUAGAAAUAUUGACACUUAUAUUCAAUUAUGUGAAAUGACAGGAAAAUGUUUAGGAGAAGCCAGAUCAGAUAUUAAAGAAAAUGACAAAAAAUUAAAUGAACAAUUUCAUAUAUAAUUAUUGUAAUUUGGAUUAUAAAGAAAGAAGGUUGAAAAGAAAACUACACGUAAAUAAUAAAAAAUGCCUAUUAUUCAUAUUAAUACACCAAGUACUGAAUAAGAUUCUUGUAGUUUAUAUAAUAAAAAAUUAAAGAAAAAGGAUAAAUAUUUAAAAUUAUAAUAAAUUAUGAAUGAAGUACAAUCCAAAUAAUCCUUAAAAGAGAAAGUGAAAAUAGAGGAAUACUUUUAAAAUAAAAAAGUUUAGAAAUUAUUGUAAAUAGAUGGAUGGAAGAUUAUUGAUUAAUCACCACUACAUUAACCAAUAGCUGAUCACUUAAUUAAGUAAUCCUUACAUCAAUAUUAUUAAUAUUGUAAAUUAGUUCUUGAGGAAUUUGGUGAUUUUAUUACUAUUAAGUCAUGA